AUGGCUUCCUCAGCGCGUCCCAAGAUGGCGGGGCUGCUCGCCCUCUGCCUGCUCUCGCUGAUUGCGGUGUCAAUAGCUGCGCCCCUCGCUGGCCCCAAGUGCAAGAACCGGUUCCCCAAGUACCCGCUCUGCAAGUUCGUCAACGACAUGGCCACUUCGUUCACGCCCACCGUCGUCGACGCUGCCAGCGGGAAGACGCUUCAGAUUAGCGCCUACCAGAUCUACCACGCUCGUGCGGCGAUCUACUUGGGAAUUGCGGCGAACGAGCGUGCGUGGCGAGUGUGGGACUUGGGCGACAAGUGCGUCGUCACGUCUCGGGACGUGGUCUUCGAUGAAGACAAGUUCCCGUCGAAGGAGAAACCCACUCAACAACUCACCUUCAUCCUUCCGCCACGAGAGGAGGUUGAAGAGAGUGAGACUCCACCUCAAGUGGAGAAGGAAGCCGAUGGAGGGGGAGCGAACAACGAGGAGAGCAUUGAUGAUGUCGUGGAGGUGUCACCAACCGAGGCGGCAACUACCUCCACACCUUCCUCCCUACCAUUGGCCUUGACCCGCGAGCGUCGUGAGGUUCGUCCUCCCUCCAAGUACAACGACUACGCUACGGUAGCCGUUGGGGAGACGGAUAAGGAGGGCGCGGCAUUUUGCUUCGCAACCAAGGGUGAUGAUGAACACGCGAAAUCUCUCAUGGAACCACCCCCUAAAGAUUCAUCCCGUGCAUGCUAUGAGCAUAACAAGCUGCUGGACCGCCAGCACAUGUUCACCAACGACUUCACGCUCAUGCCCGGCAUGGCCAAGCCCAAGAUGGGCGGCAUUCCCAUCGUGGUGCACAGGCACGGAGGCGAGCAGGCGAGCGACUUCGACGGGCACCCGGACGCGUGGUUCACGCAGUUCGGCGAGUACGGCCCCACCUUCAAGUCGCGCCUCUACCGCUACGGCAACCAGCAGAGCGCGUCGCUCAUCUGGUUCCACGACCACGCGCUCGGGUGGACGCGGCUCAACACGGUGGCGGGGCUGGCCGGCGCGUACAUCAUCGUGGAUCCCAAGGGCGAGGAGAAGAACCUCCAGUUCCUCCCGCAGCCCGGCAGCGGGCGCUAUGUGCCUCUCGUUCUCGCCGACCGCUCGUUUUUCGCCAACGGGUCGAUCGACUACCCGAACGUGGGGAUCGUGCCGAAGGUGCAUCCGAACUGGGUUCCCGAGUACUUUGGUAACCACAUUCUCGUGAACGGCGUCGUGUGGCCGUACCUCAAGGUCCGGCGCGCGCUGUACCGCUUCCGCGUGCUGGGCGGGUCGAACGCGCGCUUUUACAACCUCAGGUUCACGUGCGCGGGACGCGGAGACUACCCCAACUUCACGCCCCCGCUGAAGGGCCCCAGCCUCGAGAUUAUCCAGAUCGGUUCGGAUGGCGGGUACCUGGCGGCGCCGGUGCGCAUGUCGUCGCUGCUGGUGAUGCCGGGCGAGCGGAUGGACAUUCUGGUGGACUUCAACGGUGCGCCCGGGCACUGCAAGGACGUCAUUCUCACCAACGACGCGCGCGCCCCCUACCCCGCCGGCGAGCCCGCCGAUGCCAACACGGGCGUCAUCAUGCGCUUCGUGCUGAAGAAGACCAAGAUCCCCACCCCGCCCAUCCCCAGCUCCCUCGUCCUCUCGUCGUACGUCUCUAGUCCCCUCCCAACCCCAUCCCUACCAUCUGCUUUUGCAAGCUUCAAGUUGUUCGUUGUACGUUUGUCGUUUGCCUUCGGUGAAUACGGUGGGCGCACUGCUGAUUUGGGUUCCUCCCGGAUCCACCCUUCGCCGAAGCAGAGCAUUCCUCGGGUGGAUGUUGCUAGCGCGGUGCGGUCGCGGUUCAACACGCUGGUGGAGAUCAUGGACCCCGCGACGCAGCUGCCCAUCCGCGUGACCAUCGACGGCAAGAUGCACCACGACCCCGCCACCGAGAUCGCCAAGGAGGGCACGGCGGAGCUGUGGAACAUCAUCAACCUCAGCGCGGACGCGCACGCCAUGCACCUGCACCUCAUCCAGCACCGCCCCAUCUCGCGCCGCCCCUUCGACAUCGCCAAGUACACGGCGGGCAAGUGCUCGUUCAAGGACAAGACCAAGCCCAGCUGCUACACCGGCCCUGCUGUUGAGGUGAACGCGAAUGAGCGCGGGUGGAAGGACACGACCCUGUCGCAGCCCGGCCAGGUGCUCACGAUUUACACUCCGUUCUACCAGCAGUCGGGGGUGAAGACUUUCAAGUUUGACGCGAGCCGUGGGCCGGGCUAUGUGUGGCAUUGCCACAUGCUGGAGCACGAGGAGAACGACAUGAUGCGGCCGCUCAUCAUCACCAAGUGA